AUGCAUUCUCGUUUAAUUGAAACAGAGAUUAUUUUAAUUAAACCUGGUGAAAAGUUCGGUGGUAUCAAUGGCGAUUUUUUCGAUGAUUCUGCAGUACCAGAUUUCACUUGUCGUUAUAUAAGCGGAAUUUCUGCUUAUGGUAAUAACGAAAGUAUGGAAUCCUAUCAGUUUUCCUAUUCAUCUGAUAAUGAUAAUCAAAACUCAAUUGAAACACAAGUUUACGGCGAUCAAAAAUCUGUGAUUAGUAAAAAAUUUGACGUAACUAAAGAUGAAAGGAUUUACAAGGUAACAGGACAAAUUAUUAAUGAAAAAAUUGUUGCUCCAAACAGUACCAACAUCGCAGUAGUAAGAAUUACAGGACUUCAAUUCUUUUCAACAAACGGUCUUGUAAGUCCAUCGUAUAACGGUCGGUUGGGUCAAAGCUUCACUGAAAAAUUUGACGGAUACACUUUACGUUAUGUUACCGGACGAUCAACUCAAUAUAUUCAUCAGCUACAAUUUUUUUGGUAUCGGACAGUAAACGAAUGUUAA